UUUACUGAGAAAAUUAAAUAAAGUUUUUUGAAAUAAAAUGAAAAGUCAUGUACCACCUUUCAAAAGAGGAAAAGACCAAAUGACCAACAUAGUACUACAAACCCUACUAUCCUAUCCCCCUAUUCUCUUCCUAUAUAAGGGUAGAAGAGGAGAUUGAUCAGCAAGUAUCUCAUUCUUGCACUUAGGAUUUCAUACUGAAGACCAAGGAGCGAGUAAGUUGAGUCAAGUGAAUAAAUAUUUCCAAGUAUGACGAAGAGGGCUUAUUUGACGUUGUUCUGCCUCGUGCUUUUGGCUUUUGCUAUUUCGGGUGGGAAGAAGAAGAACAUUGGAGCUGAAGCCAGAGAGGUGAACCUAAUCUGUCCAAGCAUACCCUGCAAAACUAACGCAGAUUGCAAGGGUGGAGACCCCAAUUAUGUAUGUUCCCCUUUGGUUGGCUGCAUUUGCCGCAACGCCAAACAACUCGAACAAGGCAACUGAAAAUAUGGAUCCGCCGGAGGAAUAAAUAACCAGAGACACCAGUUUCAAAUCAAAUAAUUACUUUUCAAUUCCCUGUCAACUUUUCUUGGUCUUUUUUCGGACUGGAAGGAAAUGUUACAUCGUUCGGACUUCAGCCUAAAUUAAUCGGAUGAAAAUAUUGACGGUGUAAUCAACCAAACUUCCGCUUUGUUUCAUUACGACCCAUAACAUGUGUUGCCGCAUUCGCUUUUCUUUUGACAUGCAUCCAACUAUCCUUUCAUCGAAUUUCGCUUAGAUCGAAUUUCGUGCUUAUACUUUCUAAUUUUUCGGAUCAUAAGAUUUUUUUAUCUCUAGCUGAUGUGACAGCUAACUUCUGUUGACUUUCACUCAAAAGGAAGCGUUAUGUAUAACUACUCUAUUGUUUCAAUAAUUAUUAUUUUUGGGA